UUUCAUCGCUUACAGUAAGCUUGGGCUCAGUUUUGUAUUUGCGAAGAGGAAACUCAUAAAUGGCUCCUGCUCUUGCCUUCUCUCAGCCUUCCAUUGUGACGCCAUCGCCAUACAAGAAGAAGAGCGCAAAGGAUGAUUUAAAUGCAGCGAUAGAGCGGUCAGAAAUAGAGGCCCUGAGGUCUGAGAAUAUGAAGCUGCAAAGAAAGCUGGAGGAGAGCCAAAGGUACGAAGCGGAAUUAAUGGCGGAUUUGGAGAAGAUGAGGAUGAGAUUGUUAAAGACGGAAGAAGCAGAGGAGCGCCUCUGUUCACAGCUUGGAGAGCUGGAGGCAGACUCUGUUCUUCAGGCGCGGAAUUACAAUCAUCAAAUCAAUGCUUUGAAGCAGGAAUUGGCGCAAAUGCAAGCUCUUCUUGCACAAUUUCAACGCAAUUGCUGAUAAUGAUUUUGGUAACACAAAAUUGAAAAUUUUGGUUUAAUAUUGGGAGAUUUGAUUGUGUAUAUUGUUUGUAUUGUACAAGUUUUCCUCUCAUGCAAAUCUGUGAUGAGGACUAAAUUUGGGGAAUGAUUGUGUAAGUUUGUAAUGUACCAAACGAGAUCAAUGCAGAAAGAAGUUCGGCUUUAUUUUAUA